UGAAAUUUAGGUGUCGCUUUAAAUGAAAACACGCUGCUGAGAAAAAUAUGGCGCUAAAAAAUAAAGACCGUCAAAAAUGUUUAGAAUCCUUGGGCUUAGACGAAAGUGCAACCGAGGAUGAAAUCAAACAAGCAUAUAAAAAUUUGGCACUGCAACAUCAUCCUGAUAAGAAUCCUGACAACCCUGAUGCUACACAAGUCUUCCAAGAAAUCAGUGAGAGUUACUACCUCCUCAUAACUAAAUAUGCAAUGGACAGAAGAAGAAAAAUCCACAUGUGCUCUUGUUGUAAAGAUCUCCACUACGUGGACAGUGAUGAUGAAGACUUUUAUGAUGAUGAUUACUACUUUGAAGAAGAUGAUGAUGAUGAUGAUUAUUAUGAUGACCUGCCAUGUGAUGAUGAUGAUGAAUCAGUGUUAUGGUUUUUUGGACGAUUGUUCUAUGAUGUGUUUUCAGACUUUAUUUUUGCGAGAAGAUUUCAGUCUAAGAAGAAAAAAUCCUAUAAAUGGUCUGAUGCAGAUGAUGAAGAAGAGAGCUUUUUUAACUCCAUCUUCAAGAAAUACCGGCCUCCACAGGACUUUGGACUGACAGAGGAAGAUCUGAAAAAUUUCCAUUCCUAUGAUGAGUGGUUGAAAGCUAGAGACCCUUCAAAGAGACACAACCUUAGAGUCAGGAAAGGGAAAAAAAAGACAAAGCGUAAAAUCCCUGAAAAACCUAAGCCCCCAAGUAAAAGGCAGCUAUUAGCAGAACAAAGGAAAAGAGAACAGGAAAUGAAAGAAAUAGGCCAAACAGUUUUACCAAAGUUGGAAAAGUUGACGAAGAAAUCGACAGAAAACAUGACACCUCUACUGAAGGCAACGACCAAUGAUCUCAUGGAGGAAGUAGAGGACCAGCACAAGGAAAACUACCAGCGUCAAUUACAGGAGGAGGAAAUUCAGCAGCUGCUGGGGGCCAAAGAACGACAGAAAAAUAAACGACAACAGCGGAAAGAUAUGAAGGAGAAGAAAAAACAACUUCGCCAGGAAGCUGAAAAAUUGUUACAGGAAAAGGCGUUCUCCAAUCCAGCCAAGGAAAGAGAAAAGACAGCACUAGAAUGUCAUAAUGAAAAGCAGGCCAGUUUGUUCGGGGAUGAUGAAAUCAACAAAGAAAACGUAAAUAUUGAUUCAAGAAAACCAAAAGAACUAGAAGCAAAAUCCAUGCUGUUGGGAAAACAUCUUAGUGAGAUUGGAAAUUUUAGUAGUAACUCAGAUAAACCUCAGUGCUCAGUCAAAGAAACACCAAAUCAGAAUUCCAACUCCCAGAGUUCCAAAUUAUCUCCCGUACACUUAAAGUCGGUGGAAGGGGCAGUGGGGGAGGAGCCUGAGAACUGCGAUUGGAAUCCUAUUCCGCAUUUUCAGAAGAGAGAUCAGAUAAAGAAGGCUGCACAGACGAAUCCAAUGAUAGACACGGAAGUGAAAUCAAGUUUGUUACAAAAACACUUACAGGAGUUUAAUGAUCUGAUGAAAGUUCAACCAAAACGCCACACAGAAAAACAGCUGAAGGAGGAAAGGAUGAGGCAAAAAGAGGAACAGCAGAUAACACAACAGAGGGAACUAAACUUGCUGAGGAGUCAACACUCUGAACAGUUUGUACCAGUGCUUCUCAACACCGUAGACUCAGUCAGAGACCCGGAAGCAGCCGACUCAUCUGUUCAGGAGGAGUUUGAGAGGAUGAGGAAGGAACAUAUACGCAAACAGCAGGAACUGGAGAGAAAGAGGAAUGAGGAGGAAGCUCAGGAGCUCAAAACAUACAGAAAAAAACAAAAGUGGGUGGAAGUAAAAGUUGAAUCUACUCCAAAGUGGUUUGAGAGGGAGGCAAAUGAGAACAAAGUCCCACUAAAGGUCAAAGAGCCUCCAGCACCCAGUGUUAAUGUUUGGCAGCAAAGAAAUCUACGACACCAGCAGAUAACCUCACUCGGUCCAAGGAGUGCGCUAGAGGAGGAGGAAACUCUGCAACAGGUGCUAUUAUUGAGUCAGAAGACUGCAGCUCAGGAGGAGGAACAGAGGAGGUAUCGAGACAUCAUGGCUUCAAAGAACUUUAUACCAGUACAACUGAAAGAGAAACAGGAAGUCAAAUCAAUGCCAGGGUCCCGCAAAGUUGUGGAUUCUGGGGGUCAGAAGAAAACAGCAAAUAGUUUUGCUGAAGUUGCAAAAACCUCGCAGCAGAAAAACAAGAAUACCACAGAAAAGUUGGAGAAUAUCUGGAAGCCUAAUGAUGUGAUGAACAAGAAUCAUCCAUUGAGUGGUCAUGUCAAGUUAAGCGAAGAAAAUGAAACCUGCAGGAGCAGGGUGCUCACCAGAAACUAUGGAAAUCUUGUCCCUCCUCCCAAACUUCACAUUCCGUUAAAAUCCACAGAGGAAGAAGAAUCAUGGGAUGAUGAUGGAGAAUACCUCUGGGUGUCCUCCAAACUUCCUACCACUGCCAGAGAUUGUCUCAGGUGGAAGACCAAUGCUAAACGCAUUAUGUCCGAAAAGGAAAAGUCUAAUGGAAGCAAGAAUCCCGCUGCCUGUGCCUUGGUAAAUGAAUCAAAGUGUGCAAUGAAGAAAGAGCGCUCAUCCAGCAUUAAGAGGGACGGGAACCACAUGGACACAAAACAAAGUGUUUUAAAGAAAGAAGGACUACAUAUGUCCACGGUUGAUUCUGGUAAUAAUCCUAUAUCUGUCGAGCAAAAGAAAGCCAACGAUUUCUAUGGAAGUACAAGAGCAGAAAACAUUGGCAAACCAGCUACAUCAGAACAUAAGGAUCCUCUGCGAAACAUUGAUGUUGAGAUCAAAAGGCAUCCGUGGUCGAAUGUCAUUAUUGGCCACCAGACUGGUCAGCCAAGACCAAAGGCAGAGGUUGUCUGGUCAGAUGACAAUCAAACUGACCAACCCAUCCCCAGUAUUAAAAUCUCAAUUUCUGAACAAGGGGUAGGUAAAACCUCAGUAAACCAGAAUUUGAAAAAAGAAAUGUCAUCUCCGAUCAGUCUUGCAGAAUCAUCAUCUUCAGAACAACAAGUAGCUGAUGAUUUUUGGAAUGUGUCCAUCAAAUCUACUAAGAAAUCUAAACAAGCCAGGAAAGCUCAGAAAGUGCCUCUGUUGUCCUCAGUGGACAUAAUUCAAUCUUCAUUACAGCAGAGGGCGUACCAGGACAUGUCGUCUGAGAUCAGGACUCCUGAUGCCGUCAGCGAUUACUGGAGUGUUCCAUCUAGAAAGGAAUCCAAUGUCAAACAAGAAGGUAGUCCCUCUCAGAUAUAUAUAUCACCAGAAAACUUGACCUCACAGAUAGAGAAACAGCAGACGAGUGUGGGAGGACCUGCAGCAGUCACUACACUGCCACCAGUUCUGUCAUUUGUUGAGAACAAAGCUGAGCAGACGACAAAGAGUAUUGUACCAGAGGGGGAGAGUUGGGAUGAUGAAAUUUCAACUGUUGCCAAAGAAGUCUCCAAGGACUCAAUACCACGAAAAACUGACAGCAAUGAAGUACCACCUGGUGGAAAGUCUGAUGUCACACAACCUCCUUCAAAGAAAGUUUCCAGCAUGUUUAACAAAAUGACCAAGUUUGGGAUAAAUCCCAACCCAAUUAAAAAAGAGAUGAGUAGUGAGGCUUCCUCAUCUUCACUGACACCAGCUACACACAGAGAUCAGGAACCAAUUCCUCAGAAACCAGCCUACAGACGAAGACCAAUGAAAUCUGUAACAAAAGCUCUAAAGGCUCCCACAGAAAGUCUCCCAAUAAAAGAUAAGGUCCCAGAGGGUUCAGUGGCAGCAGUAGAGAUAGUGGAUAGCAAGGUUCAGUUGACAAAGGACCAGGAUAAUUCCCUUUCUUCCUCCAUAAAUGGUACAACCAAUUCAUUAACACAAGAAAAGCUUCAAAAACCAGAAGACAAUGAAAUAUUUAUAGGUUCUUCAGAUCCCAUGCCCUCCAUUAACAGACAAAACAGUGGAAAUCAGAGAAAAGAGAAUGCCCAGGUACAAUUAGAAAAUUUCAUCUUCCCCCAGAAGAAGCAGACAACCCACAUCACAGAGAAAGAGGACUGGGAGUGUGAAUUGACCCCACUGCCCUGUAACCCCAAUCCUCCAGCCCAGUCUACAGUUGAGGCAGAAAACAUUUUUAAAGAGAAAUUAAGAAAUGUUAGAAAAGAUUUAGUGGAGCACAGAUUGCCUGUGUUGAAAAAUCUGACAAAGCGUGUUGAAAAUUCAGUUGAUUACCUCUCGAAGGAUUAUGACAGACAGGUCCCAUUUAAGCAAACUUCCUCCAGUGAAGAAAAUGAAAGAGCUGCUACCUCAGAAGAAAUUGGAAAUGACCAUUGCAAAGAUAAGGCAACCAGCCAGCAAACAUCAGAACUAAAAACUGUGUUACAUCAGCACCCAGCUUCAGCAGCAGACACCAUGGACCACGAUAUUCCUGCAUCAGUGAAUAAUCCCCCAUAUUUUGACCAGACAUCCCAUUCUUUGUCAUCUGACACAUCCAAAUUAUCCCAUGACCAAGAUUUACAACCCAUUGUAAACUCCACAGGAAUGGAACAGACUCUAAACUCUGCCUCUCUGGGUCUUCAUUUACCAAGUUACGCAAGUAUACUCACCAAUCCACACGCUCCAGAUGUUACCAUGGGUUUUAAUGCAGGAGAUCCGUCGUCCAGCACUCCAAACCCUGAUCUGCCAGCGUCACUACCCCCAAACCUAGUGCAGACUUAUCUCCAGUGCCUAGCCACAGUAAGCAAUCCAUUAGCUGGAGGACUUGGCAUGUUGCCAGCCUUACCCCUUCUUCCAGGAAUGUUGCCUCUUCUACCCUUGGGAUUGACAAAUACAGCAUUGUCGAAUCCACUUUUUCCAAUCAAUUUGUCGGGGUUACCUACACAAGCAGUAGGUGAUCCCACACAGUUUGUAAGUAAGCCUCUAAAUGAAAAUCAACAGUCACAUGAUCAGCCUCUAAAUGAAAAUCAACAGUCACAUGAUCAGCCUUGUCCUGAAAAUCAACAAUCACUUGAUCAGUCUCAAUCUGAAAAUCAACAAUCAUAUGAUCAGUCUCAUUGUGGAACACAAUCCAUGUAUCAUGACCAUCAGCUCUCGCAAAAUCAGACACAGGGUUUAUCAUCUAGUCAGUCAGCUCCACAGCAGUGGAUAAAAACUCCAAAGCCUGAAAAUCCAAACACUGCAUCAUGGGAUUUUGACAAACCACUAGUUUCUCGGAGGUUGCCAUUUAAUGAAGGUUUGAAUGUUUUGCCAUCUUCUGCUGGAGAUAACCAAACGUCAGCACGAGGAAUCUCUACAAGAAGUCAAUUUGAUAAACCAGUCGCUAAUGCUUGUGGGCAAUUUACACAGGAGAAAACAGCUUCAUCCCAACAAAAAAGUAAUCACUCAAUUUCCAAUAAAGAAAGAAAUUACCUUCAAAACUCUGUAAAGACCAAAGACAACAGCUACAGAUCUGGAGCAAAUACCCCACCAUGCACGUCAGAGACCAAACUCCCAGAAAGCCUGAUUAAGAGAAAGGAGCAGACACGGACAGUGCAGGCCCUGAUUAAGCAUAUCAUGAAAGAAAAUCAGCAGGGAAAAGCAGCUGACAUGUUUACUCAUAGCAAUGACAGGAUCUAAUGCCAUUGACCAGCAAAAGGGAGGGAAUGACAGCUCUGUGUAUUUUUGUUCUGUCGUGAACCAAAUUUCUGAACGAAUCAUGAAUACAUAUUCUUUUUUCUGCAGGAGACAUGCAGUAGCUUUUUUUUUUAAAAAUGUUUUCAUAUUGUCCAGGGUGUUUGCUCUGGUAUAUAUUUGUCUUGCCUUUGAUUUGUGUUACCUAUGGUGCCUGUCAGUUUCUUGUGCUGUAUGCCCAGUGUAGGUACAUGUAGUGCCCUCUAUGGAUGAGUUUAAGUGUAGGUACAUGUAGUGCCCUCUAUGGAUGAGUUUAAGGUAAAACUUUCAUCUGACAUGUCCCAUAGCUCUAGAUUUUGAUCAUUCAGUAAUUGAUUUCAAAGAAAAAAUGUUUCUCCAAAAGAUUUUGUAAGCAUUUUUGAAUUUUAAGAAAUGAAACUGCAAUGUUCCUUAAAUGGUUUUUGUAAUGAAAGUUUGCAAAGUAGUGUAUCAUGUACCACUACAAGAUUUGCAGAAUAUUUGUAGAGGAUAUUUUACCUCAACUUGAAUUUUUUUUGCAAAAAAAAAAAAUACAUAUUGUUCUGAAAAUGAGGAGUAUGAAAGUGAGAUGUAGUCAAGAAUUAUAUUAAGAGUUGUUAAAUUCCAAGUGUUAAACAACUGCCAGUACUCCAUCGUGCCAAGCCAUGUAACCGUGUCACUGAUUAUACUUGUACCUGAUAUUACUGUAAUGCAAUUAUUAAGACACCAGAUGAGAUGUAUCACUGUAGGAAUUUCAAUGUGUUCUUUUCUUUAUGCCCCUACCAAAAAGUGGUCGGAGGAUAUAGUUUUACCUUUAUCCGUCCUUCGGCAACACCCAGUUUUCCAGACUUUUUUCUAAACGCCUUGAGAUAUUGACUUGAUUUUUUUGUAGGCAGGUGUAUAUUGAUCAGUUUGAGUUUUGUUCCAGUUUGUUGAUUUUUUAUGGAGUUGUGCCUCUUUUUCCAGACUUUUUUUUUCUAAACACCUUGAGAUAUUGCACUGAUUUUUUGUAUGCAGAUGUAUAUUAAUGAGUUACAGAUUGGAUAUGAAUUUUGUUCUGGUUUGUUGAUUAGUAUUGGAGUUGUGCCCCUUUCAUAAACUGUGUAUUUAUUACAUGGUUGUUAAAACGUAUAGAGGAUUGUGGAGUUCAUUGGCAAUCAUUGUACCAAAUGCGUGUAACAUACAAUCUGAAUACCACAUUCAAUGCUAUGCUUUGACGGAUUUCCUACAUUUGAUUUUACUGCAGGCGGGGCAUUUGUGUCAUGCUGACACAUCUAGUUUUUAAAUGGUAGUUCACCAGUAAUCGUUUUAUGCCAGUUAUAGGCAGGACGUAUUAUGGUAUUGCGCAGUGCGUCUGUUCAUCUAUCAGCACCUUGUGAGAAAAGCCUAUUUUAAGGUCGAAGGUCAAACUUGCAUGCUAAUUUUGUAGGCAUAAAACCAGAUAAAAAUAGUCCUUAAUGAGGCAAGGAUAAUCUUGAUUCACACAAUCAACCAUUAUUGACAGGUUGUGGUGUGGUGCUGUAUCUGUUCAUCAGCAAUCCGUGGAAAGGACCAAAACAGUACUCUGGGUAAUAAGACUAACCAAAGUCAAGGUCAUACUAUCAUGGGUAAUCAUGAAGGAGAAGUACUGAUAAGGCUGGGAUCAUCAUGAAGGAAAAAGUACAUUUAUAUAAUUCUCUCUGAUGAUUGAGAAAGUGUUGAAAGAACACUGUCAGGGGCCGAUUUUUCUUUUGAUCAAUGAAUGGUUUAUUGGGAUGUUGCAGUCUGAUUAAAACCACCCCCACCCCCCUCCUCCUUACACUCGUCAGUCUGUAAAACCACUCCCCUCCUCCUUACACUCGUCAGUCUGUAAAACCACUCCCCUCCUCCUUACACUCAUCAGUCUGUAAAACCAAUCCCCUCCUCCUUACACUCGUCAGUCUGUAAAACCACCCCCCUCCUCCUUACACUGAGUUUAAUGAAGAGGGGGUGGUUUUAAUCAGACUGACGAGUGUAAGGAGGAGGGGGUGGUUUUAAUCAGACUGACGAGUGUAAGGAGGAGGGGGGUGGUUUUAAUCAGACUGGGGAUAUUGAUCCUUUCUUCAGUUCCAGCUGCAGUACUGAAUAUAUUGGAUGGGCACAUUUUGUAGCGUGAGUGUUGCUCUUGUUUAACAUUGCACAGUAUUCCAUGAUUUGCCAAAAUGUAUAUAUAUUUUUAAUUUUUGCAGUUUUCGUAUGUACAUGUAUAUUGUGGGUUGUGCAUUGUUUUUGGGGUUUUGUUUUUCUUUUGAAGUAAAUUUUAUUGUCUCUGUA